ACAUGUAAACACCAACUACACGUGAAUCCCUUCGGUUCGUCAUAGUGGGACCGUCUCUGGGACGUGAUAUAAUCGUAGCAAAAUGGACUCUUCAAUAAUAGAAGAAACCGAAACACCUAUCACACCUACAUUAAAGAAGAGGAAAUGUUUAAUUGGCGAUGUACAUCUAAAGCAAAAUGCAAAAGCAGAACCUUUAUUAGUGUCUUUCUCCAAUGGACAAGUGUUGGACAAUGCUAAUUUAAAUGGAACAUUGUACCAGAACAUUUCUACAAGCAAGCGUCGCACAAGGCAAAGAGUUUUUGUUGUUGAUACUCCAAAGAUGAGAUAUGCUGGAAAAAAUUUUGGUUUAACAGCUGGCAUGACUUCAAAGGAAUCAGUCUUCAUUGGAGUCUUGGACAAAAACACUGGAAAAAUGGAGCUUGUGGAAACAAGUUCAUUCUUACUUCAUCCAGUUCUUGAAGACAUCAAGUCAACAAACCGUCACCUAAAAGACUCCGUUCACUCUCUGACAUUUCAUGAAAAGCAGGAGCAGGUUGUAACUUCCUUUGGAACUAAGAAAGCUAAGCAGUAUGUCAAUAGACGUAAACAAUAUCAGGUAAACACUGAGGAUAUGGCAGUUGCAAUUGACCAAGCUGCUUCUGCUGUUGAUUUGAAAUCUGAAGACUUAGAACAUGGUGCGGAGGAGAAGAAUCCCUUACUUUCUAUUUUACCAGAAUGUGAUAGAGAUGCUUUGAACAUUGAGGAUGUAUACAAGCUUGAAAUAAUUGCUCCAGACUACUUCCUUUGUAACUUCGAGAAAACUGCAAGACAUCUCUUGGCUGGGAAUGAUCCAGAUGAAAAUUGUACAUUACUCUUUAGAGAAUUAUUAGCCAGCGCCAAGCUAGAAGAGGAAGAAGAGAAACAGCUACGACUGACUUGUGUUGCACUGUAUGUGGAAGUCCUUCUAAAGUUCUUAAGGCUUAAAGAUAGAGAUCUGAGGAAUGCUCUCCAGGAUUGUCCAGCAAAAGUCCGCAACCACAUCUUUCAUAAAUACACAGAGAUGAUAAAUCAGAAAAGGAUUCGAAACCGUGAGGCAGCAGAUCGAGCAAUGGUCUGCCUUCUGAUCUUGGCUUUCAUAGUAAACAAAUAUCAACUGUCUGUGAGUGCAUUACUGCAGUCAUUAACCAUUGAUAGACAGAGGUUAGAGGUUGUGAUGAGGGUGAUAGGAGCUUCACAUAUGUGGAAUGGCAAUUCUUAUAAACUUCAGUUGCCUUUAGCUAGAGUGGCCAAGCAGUUUGCAGGGAAGAAACAUAAAAAAUAAGAAGACACUAAAUAAAAUACCCUAUGAAUUUAUCACUUCUGUGAACAGUCACAGGUUUUUCAAUAUUGAACAGACCUUCUGACCAAUCUUUUCAUUUACCUCACCAAAAGUAUGCAUAUAGCAAAUAAAAUACAGUAGUAGUAGAUAUGCAAUAAGCAUUUUGAUUGUGUAAUAUAUUUGGUAUUGUAAAAGUACAGGUGGGCAAUUUAAAGGAUUGAAAUAAAUAAAUGAGUAACCAUGCUCUUUAGUCUUUUAUAAAAUUAUCAUAUCCUUAAUACAAAUGUAACUGAUAUGAGAUACUGCUCUUAUUUUAGUUUGUAUCAGUAUUUGAUGAUAAAGAAAUAAUCAUGAAAAUAUCAUUUACUCAAUACUGUCAAGUCAACAAAAAGAAACAAGAAAAUUUGUUCACUGUAGUAUUGUUUUGUGGAAAGUCUCUGCACACCGAUGGCUCUGCAAGUACUUAGCCACAAAGGAAUCAAUCAGACCUUGAAACCUCCCCUAAUUUCACCUUUUCCUUGAGUAUGUGUGAUUUAUUUUUUUAUUAUAUUUUAUUUAUUUUUUUACACAUAUAUAUUCCUUAAUAAUGCUAUCAAUAUUGAUGUGGUUUAUUUUAUUGUAGACAUUAUGAUUAUAGUAUCAUUGACAUCACUAACAGUAAUAUCAGAUACCUGAAAAUACUUCUAAAAAUCAAGGAAAAGGGUAAACAGGUGAGUUAGCAAUUGGCUUAUUGGUGACUAAGCAUACACGUACAUGCCAUCCCCGUGGCUUCAAGUUAAAAUACUGCAUGCACAGUCUUGAUAUAUAUAUAUAUAUAUAUAUAUCAUUUAAACUAAAUGACAAUGUGCAGCACAGUAUAAAUAUUGAUUAGAACUCUUAUUUCAGUGUUAAAAAGGUCUUUAAUGGCAUGACAGUUAUUUGACAGUCAUAAGGGAAAAUAUAUGCAAUUGUAACUG